ACAGCGGUUCAGUCCCCGCCAGCUCCCGCUAGGUACAGUUGUGGGGUUCGAACCCGGAUCCUCUGGCCGGUUUACGUCACUGCUCUCGAUCCCCAACCCGGAUGCGGCCUUCUGCCCCUUUGGUCACACUCACUUUUUCACCAACCACCGGCCGGCGUUUUUUUUAAUCCCGAGAGCGAGCUCCACUGAGCCGUUGCGUCUGGUGACGGAAGGUUUUUUUGGAGGGUCAGGUUGGUGAAAAGUCGGCUCGGUGUCCAGCUGUGAACCUCCGGUUUACAGAAGCGGACUCUGGACUGUCCGAAGCGGUGUCCUAGCUGGGCAGUGGUUAGUGCUCGGACGUGUUGUUGCAGUGUUUGAGCUCGAAACACAAAAAAAAGUGCCGCGAUGCCGGCAUCACCGCACCUGACAUAGCGGGACAUUCCAGCAGCACGACUUUCUCUUCAGUCACCACCGUGCAGCGGACCUCACCCCGACCUCCUCCCGACCGACUUGCGACUGCACCACGACAAUGAGCUCCUUCCUGAAGAAACCCGUGCAGGAGUUUGAGAGGGACACCACCCUGGCGUCCAUGGGCAGCACUGAUAAUCUGAGUGCCUAUGCCCAGACGCUGAUCGCGGUUGGCGCGGCGGUGUUGUGCUUCCUGUUGCUGCUCGGCUGCACCAUCUGCUGGCGGCUGCGAGCCUGGAACCGGCGGGCCAAGGCGCGACAACCCUCCGAGCGCCUGUCCGUGUCCCUCCAGGGCACCCCCUUCGGUCCCACGUCCUCGUCCAGCAUCAAGUACACCCUGGACCCGCCGGACGUGCCCGCCGGGUUUGUCUCCUCCGUCUCCUCGGUGACGUCCACCCCGUUCCUCCCGCCCUCCACGCCCGACCCUGCCGAGGCGCGGGUGAAGCGGUUCUCCUGCCCGGACCCUCCCUCCGCCGAGCUGCUCGGGAAGAGAGACAAUCUCCGGCGGAGCAGGACGCUCGAGUCCGUGGAGGACGGUCUGAUUGAGGAGUCGUCCUCGGCGGUUGACGCCGACCCGCCCCGAGGCCCGCUCCCCCCGGUCUCCGGCAGCAAGACCACGCUGCACUUCAGCCUGUUCCACUCGGCGUUCGAUCACACCCUGACCGUGACCAUCCUCGGAGUCAGUAACCUGCCGCGGACCUUCAGCAUGGAGAGCGCAGCCUUCGUCAAGAUGUGGCUGCUGCCCUCCCACCAGGAGCCCGUCCAGACUACCAUCCGCAGGAAGUCCUUCAACCCGCAGUUCAACGAAAGUUUCAAGUUCAAGUCCAUGGAGAGGGAGGACAUCAGUGGCUGCCACCUCAGAUUUGCUGUGUACGUGAAGCAGCUGUGGGAUAAGAAGGACGGGUUCGUGGGUGAGGUUCUGUUCCCGGGUGCGGAGUGGGAGCGCAGGGACGUGCCCACCACCUUCAGUAGGGAACUCAAGUCGUCCAAGACCAAGGGAGAGAAACUCAGGAAGAUCUCCUCUUCGCUUGACCUGGAGGAUCUUGACGAGAAGGCGAAGUCGUGCGAGUUGUUCGUGCUGCUGCAGUAUCAGGCCAUGUCCAACAGGAUGAAGGUCCUCAUCAGAAAAGCGGAGAACCUCACCAAGAAGAAGAUGUCCCUUCCCGUACCUGGGACAGCAGAUCACUACAUCAUAGUCCGUCUGCUCCACCGUGGGAACGUGAAGGAGACGAAGGAGACCAAGUCAGCCAGCGGCGUCAGCCCGGUCUGGAACCAGCCCUUCCUGUUCGACAUUCCCUCAGAUCAGGUCGAGGACUACUCCCUGGAGUUCGUGGUGAUGCGGGGCAGGAUCUACACCCGAGACGGCGUCAUCGGCAGCGUGCUGAUCGGCCCCGCGGCCCCUCCGUCCGGCGUGGCGCACUGGAACGAGACGCUGCAGCCCCGCGCCCGGGAGAGCGCCCGCUGGCACACCAUCCAGCCCGCCUCGGGCAAGUUCAGCCCCAAGAGGAAACUCUCGAAAGAAUCCUACACGAAAGCAGAGUUUAACUUCAGCGGCUCAAACUAGGUCAGGUAUAUAACGUUCAUAUAUAUAUACGAGAACAUGUCUCCGGAAGGCAUGUGGAAUUCUUUCAGAUACCGUGGCCAACAAGUACAACGUAUUUAAUGAAAAUUAAACAGUUCUCCAACUCAAGACACGAAAAAUAACUAACCAGAAAUUUUCAACCGAAUCACUUAGUCUUCAUCAGCUUUAUGAUCUGAGUGCGGUGGACACGUGACUUUUACCCACGCGUGACGUCAGACGUCAGCACUGGGUCAAAGUUCGUCGGAAGUCGGUACCGCCCCCCGUCCCGGUUGAGUGAAGGUUGGCAUCGUGCCUUUAGUUGGAGAACAGUUUAAUUUUCAUUAUGCAUUUUACCAACUCAGAUAAACUUUCAUGCUAGAUGCAACGUAAUUGUAACACUGUUGGCGUAUAAUAUCUUGGGAUUCUUACUAUUUAUAUGGGGGAAGUAACACCUACUGGCUUGUACACAAAUGUUCAUUACUUCUGAACCUAACAUACAUAGUAUGAAUCCCAAGAUGGUUUACUUCUGAAUCAAUACUGUGACAAUAUGUACCUGUCAGCCACGGUACUCAGAAGACAUAUAAAGUACUACAUGUAUCAACUUUUAUAGGCAAUUGCCAGAAACAAGUGUGGCAUAUUUUGAGUCUGUGAGCCUGCCUGUGAAAUUGUGAGUUGUCAAAUUGUUGCUGCCGAUAUUCCACGCACAGUUAAAAAACAAUUAAGAAAGGAUUUUGUGAAUAAAACUAAGUAAGCAACUUAUCUUUGUACUCUUGGGUGCUAGCUACAAGUACAAAGGAAAAAAAAACAACAUCAGAGAUCAAUAAAAGUAUAUCUAAUUGAUCAAGAACUAUUAGAGUAGAGACUGUAACUUAGCCACUCUAUAUCUAGUUUCACUUGCUACAAGUUAAUCUGUAAUUAUGUUUACCUUCACAGAAGGAAAACAUGUUGUUUUUGCUCUGCUUCUUCUUCCUCGUCUUCUCCAAACAAAUAAGGUCA